UCAUGGGGCCCCUGGGCAAUAGGGGAUCAUGGGGCCCCUGUGUCCUUGCCCAAACUCAAAAAAGUCUAUGAAAAAGGUACUAGGGGCAUCUCAUGGGGCCCCCUACUGACCCCGGGCCGUCGGGCAGUGCCCGAGUUUCCAAAUGGUCAGUCCAGCCCUGGAUUGGCUUUGACCACAGAGGUCUGACAUACAGUAUUUUCCCUUCCACUGACAUGCAAUAAAAGGUCCUCCAUGACACUGCUGACCCCUAAAAGAUAUGUUGUACAUUGCAUGGU